AAAAAAUGGCGCUUCCAACGCUUGAGCCUUACUGGAUGAAACACUACAAAAAUAAAACAGAACAGUUUCAUGUACAACGCACACAGCAUGAGUCUGAUUUCAGACAUAAAUGGGACGAGAAUAGUCGGUAUUUUCAACGAGCAAACGUCGAAGCUACUAAGAAGAGAGCUUGGCAGUCGGACCAAUGUUUUCAGGAGAGCAUGGGUGCAUUGGAUGCAUUGUACUCGAAAGAUAAAAAGAAAAGCAAUCUUGCUGAGCGAAGGAAGAAACUCAGUGAGUUGUUGUUGAAUGAGCAGAAAGAUCUUGAGCAAGAACUUCGUCAGUACAGGUCAGCACGCGGUGGACAGGCACAAGACAUGAAAGCUAGAGCUGAUGACUUGAAGUCUGCCAGGGAGGAAAGGCGGCAAAAGCUCGCAGAGGAGAAAUUGUAUGAACACUGGCGUCAGAAUGCACCUGAAUUACGUCAGGUGGAGUCGGAACGCUUGAAAGAGCAUGUUGUUCACAGUUGGAGAGAUCAAAAUGAAGACAAGAGAAUGAGAGAAAUGACGAGCAGGGAUGAACAGCAAAGAAUGGAAUCAGAAAUGGAAAAGCAACGACUUUUGUUAAUGGAAAGAGAUAGGGCACUUCAAGAAGCAAAGAAAAGGGAAGAGAAGGAAACUGCUCGGCAACUUCAAAUACAAAUGAAGGAAUUGCGGAUAAGGGAAGAAGAGGCAGCCAUGUUGAGACAAGAACAAGAGAGACUGGAGAAUGAAGAGAGGAGAAUAGACGAAGCAAAAGAGACGAGAAAGCGGUUUGAGGAAGAAAGAAAGAGAAGAUCCCAUGGACGUGUUCUGAUACAACAGCAUAAAGCACAAAUGAAACGAAAGAGCCAAGAAGUCCAGAAAGCUCUGGAAAUGGAUUUAGAAAUAUUACAAAAUAUGGCAGCCAAGGAAGAAGAGGAAGUUAUCUUAAAAUCAACGAGAAGAGAAAAAGCAAAAGCUGAUGCAGCCUACAUGCAACAAGUUCUUGAGGAACAACUUCGUGUCGAGAAGGCGAGAGAAGCUGAACUGGAUAUGUUGUACAGGGACGAAGCUGCUCGGAUGUGGCAGAAACGUGACGCAGAAUGGGAAAGAGAGAGACUUGCGCGAGAAAGAUUAAUGAAUGAGGUUCUUGUUGAACGCCAGAAGCAAAUCGAACAGAAGAUGUCUGAAGUGCGUCAAAGACACGAGCAAUCGCUCAAGACGCAGGAAGAACUCCUGAACGAAAUGGAAGCUGUGAACAGGAUGACGGAACGAGAGAAGAAAGCGGAAGAGGAGAAGAGACAGAUAAGAGAAAGAGAAUUACAAUCACAGAUUACCGAAAGAAGGCAAAGAGACAUUGAAACUAAACACAGGGAACAACAGAAGCUAGAGGAUCAACGACGUGAGGAGAAUGCUUAUCGACACAUGGUCCGUCACGAGGCUGAAAGGAUCACUGAACGCGACAUGGGACAAAAGUCGUAUCGCCGACGAAAGAUCGCCUUUGAUUGAAUUACAGUUGGAACCGGAUAUUUUGUACAUAUGCUCAAAUUAGUCAGGUAAAAUUAAGAGAUUCUACUCGGGUUGGCUGCCGUGCUGAAGCAUUCUCGGAUUUCGACAAAACCCUUCGCUAAGCGUACGUUAGAAUGUUUGUCUCUCGUGGUGAACAACUUUUAAGCCAAUCAGCAUUGGUUUGAUAAUCUUAUUCACACAAAAAUCUGAAUGUUUCAUGUUCAAACGCCGCUGUCUAAUGAUUAUUGUAAAUAGAAUGAAUGACGAAAAGAUAAU